GCAGCUGUCAGGAGCAACAUGGGGUUAAGUGUCUUGCCCAAGGACACAUCAGGCAUGUAGACUCACGGAGCCGGGAAAUGAACCCAAUCUGGACCUUGAAAAUAGUUUAAAAAACAAGUCAUCAAUACACAGCGUUCUGAUAAAGACAAAGCCUCUGAGAUAUAGGCGAAAGUUUGCAGAUUCAAAUAUGUCAAAUGGUAUAUUUAUGUAAAAUCCCAUGCAACCAACAAAAUGGAUGAUUGGAGCCAUUAACUGUGUUUUACUGUUCUGCUUGAAAUGACAUAGAAAUAAUAAUAAAUGUCACCACAUUAUUAUAUAGCGAUCGUCAAUCUGUUGAAAGUGCUUUGACAACAUUUGCAUUACAAAUGAGCUUAACGUCCAGAUUUAGAGACAAAUCAACAAUGAAAUCAUUAAAAUAAUGAAAGAUAUGUAGAGAUAUAAUAGUAGUGUAAGUAACAGGUAUUUAUUAAAUGAAAAACAAAGUUUUGUUGAAAAUAAAUAAAAGUUUAAAAAAACAUUGUGGCUCCUCUCAGACUAAGUGAUAUAAAUCACUAGAUAAUUAAACUGACAAUUAUAUUCAACUAAAAAUGACAAAUAACCAUUGUGACCACCCAAUUAAUAAUAUGUAUCUUUGCUCUCCAUAUUAUAAAUAAUGACCAAACAUAAAGAGAAGGAAGACUGCCUACUCUUUUUGACCUACUAAGAUAAAUGAAGUCACAUGCAGUAAGUUCACAGUAACACAGUAACUUGAUAGAGUUGCAUGUAAAACUAAAUUUGAGAGCGAUGAGUCCUUUGGUUUGAAAGUGGAAAGCUAUAGGGUGUGUAAGAGGGGUGUUGGGUUUCAGGCUCACAAGAUGGUGGGAUAAAUUAUUUGGGAUGGUCUUGGUGGUGGGCGGCGGUUUUGUCGCCCGGAGGGUUUGACUCUUGGGAGGAGUCAAGUAUAAGUACAAUGUCCUCGUAGUGACAGAGAGCAGUGAGGACAGACACGUUCUCAAGCAGAGAAAACAUGGGAGUUUUCAAUGAACAAGAGGCGGCCCUUGUGGCACCAGCAUCCCACCAUAUGCUGAUCAAAGAGACCAAGGGAGGAGCCGCUCGACGCACGUCAACGCGCCCUUCCCUUCACAGGCGACGCAGCAAAUCUCCAGCCAAAGACGUGCAGGAUGAAACAAUGUUUGUGGUUGGAGGAUGGACCUGGGACGACCCGUCUUGCUUGGUGGAAAAGUUCUGUCCUGAGUACAACGAGUGGAGAGCAGCAGCGCGUAUGAUCAAAAAUCGUGGCGCCGUAGCUGUGGGAACUCUGGGUGGAAAGAUCUACACAGUGGGAGGAGAAGAUAACGUCAGAUGUUUCAGCAGCGUGGAGAGGUACAGUCCAGACAGAGACAGCUGGAGCACAGAUGUCGCGCCCUUGAACAGCCCCCGCAGUGGAGUGUGUCUGGUGGCAAUGGACGGAUUCCUGUAUGCAAUUGGCGGACACGAUGGCAUUACUGCCAUGAACACUGUGGAGAGAUAUGAUCCGAAGAUGAACUCAUGGAGCAAACAGGUGCCGAUGCUGACCAGACGCACCAGAGCAGCGGCCGCUGUGCUUGACGGUUACUUGUAUGUGAUUGGAGGGAAUGAUGGCGACAUGGCUCUGAACUCAGUGGAGCGGUACAAUCCCGUAGACGGCACCUGGUCGAUAUGUUCCCACAUGCGAAGUCCCAGGGAGAACGCAGGCUGCACCGUGUACCUGGGACACAUCUACGUGGCCGGAGGCAGAGAUGAGCUCAGUCUGGAGCUCUGUGCAGCUGAGAGGUUUGACCCCGACACCAUGAGGUGGUCACCUGUGAAAUGUAUGAGGAGCAAGAGGGACAAUGUAUCCCUUGUCAUCUUCAAUGGUGCCUUGCUGGCUGUGGGAGGCUCUGAUGGUGUCACCAGUCUGAAAACUAUAGAAGUCUACAGCCAUCAAACAAACACAUGGAGACACUUUGGAAGCAUGAAGAGCAAACACCCCGGAGGGAAAGUGGCUGUGCUUUGCUGAUCCACUCAACAACGCUCGUGUUAUGUGGACAGGACAGAGAGCCUCCCUGAUUCCACACCCUGAACUUUUCAAUAUAUUGUUGCAGUUCUAUGAUAUUUUUUUGUUUAGAAGGUCAAAAAAACUCCAAAACAAUCUCAUCAAUCUCAUCAAUUAUCAAUUAUCUUUUUUACAUAAUGAAUAUCAUUGUUUUUUCCCAGGAACAGCGUUAUUAAAACAAGUAAAUCUUGAGUAACAGUAUCUGCUGUUAGUGUUUUUAACAUGGUUAUCAAGAGCAUCAUGGAUUUAACCAAUGAAUGAAAAGUAUGCAAUUGAAAUGUCAAAAGUAAUUCAAAAGUUGGUAGAAAUCACAGGGUGUUUAUUUCUUCUUCAUAGGAGAAGAAUAUUUGUUAAAUAUUUGGAUAAUUAUGUCAUUGAAAUAGCUUGAAAUGGCACAAAUGUGUUAGUUUGAAAGGUCUAAAAUGACUGUAGUGGACUGAUGUGAGGUUUGGUCUCGGUAUUGAUCACAAAAAGGAGGUAUCGGGCCAUCCCUACUCAAAAUGAUUACAAUAUGAAAGUCAUCAUUUCACAUUGAUAGAUUGUACAAGGAGGUUUUGAAGGUGAAAAACUUAGAUGGCAGUUAGACUUGCACAAAAGUGUAAAAUACAACCAAACAAAUAUACCAUAUAUGUGGAAAAGGUGUGUAAUUUAGCUUUAUUAUAUACUCUGACAUCUCUGAAUAGUUGACUCUUAUGAAAUGUCACUGUAAAUACAGGAUGUAUUUGCUACGUUCACCAGCCUCUCUGAAUUCCUGUCAUCAAGCUGAAAAUAACCCAUUGCUGGAAAUGUAAAAAUAAAAACAAGAACGUGCUGUAAAUGACUGAAAACAGCUGGACUGAGUUGUGCAAAGACACACAAGUGGAAAUAAGGAUCCUGCGUGAGAUAAGCUGCUGACUGAGAGCUGACUGCUGACAUGGGAAAGCAUUAGUGGCUGUGUGGGCUUUGAAAUGAUGACGCUCGGAGCUCGUCCCCCCUCGAGAAUAAUGGGCUGAAAUGUGGAGAGAGGGCUGAGUGCAGGAACACACCACACAGAGAGACACUGCUUUUUUCUGGAGAAGCACACAGGAUUGCUGCUGCCAGCGCUGUCUGCCACCCGUGCCAUCUGUGAGCACAGAAUGAAUUUCUUUUUCAAUUUGAGUGGGUCAGUUGAGAAGCAGAUAGAAGAUGACAGAACUGUGGCAGGUAUGUUUUAAUAGAAAUAACAAUGAUAAUAAUAAUAAUAUGUGUUGUCUGGUAAAUAUUGUGAGUCUCCAAAAAGUUACCAAGACCUGUGCAUGUUGUGUUAAUAUCAUAACUAUGUUGGCUACUGAGAAAUGAAUAAAUGACAUAUGAUUUGAGAA